ACACAGAGAUGAAACACAAUAAAGUCUCAGGCUUUAUGUAAAUUUUCUAAAAAGUCAAUUACUUUCAUUCAAAGGAUGAAACUUUAUGGUUUAGAAGAUCAAUCUUCAAACGCGAAAUAACAAAGAAGACAAUAACCAUCGAGAAAGAAUGAAUUGAGAGCAUACCUGGCUUCUUGAGACUCUCUGAGCUAGAUUCCGCGCAAGUACUUGCAUCUCUCCUCCUCCUCUCCCCAGAGACACAGACUCUUUGAGUAGAUCGAUUUGACCUCUUAAGACUUCAGGUUUUAGUUUUAGCUGCUUUGAGGUGCGUUGUCUUAAUGAAAAGUCGCGUUUCAGGACGCAAUCUCACUUUCCAAACCGCUUAAUCGAACUUAAACGAAAAAGAUAGUGGAGAGAGUUUCAGCAGAUCUAUCAAACGCACUGUUAAGAAAACGCAAUCGCACUUUCCAAACCGCUUAAUCCAAUGGUUGAGAGAGUUUCAGGGUUUUAGCUGUUUAAACUUUAAAGGUGCGUUUCAGCCGACCCAUCACAUCAAACUGCUAAAGGUCAAGGCUUUGAGUUUCUUCAGACCAAACCACACAGAAUAGAGAGAAGUGGGUAGAUAAAUCGAUUCGGAGUUUCGUCCUUUUGAGAUAAGACUCUCCGCAGCUCAUAGAGAGUAACAAAACAAUGGCUGCUGCAGAAGAAGUAGUGAAGGAUGUUGGAAGAGCAAUUGAGGAGACCCCUGUUGGCGAAAAGAGAGAAAGAGAAGAGGAAGCUGAAACAAUGGCGCCAUGGGAGCAACACGCGAGCGUCAUAAGCAUCCCUCGGUUCGACUACACAGCUCCCUCUUCUCUGCUUCAUCAUUCUCAUUCCGGCUUCCUCGUCACCUGCAGCAUCAAAAGAGAGAAGAGUGCUACCAAAGAGGCCAUGUCCAUCCUUGGAAAGGUGCUGUUGCCCUUAGGUGAAGUUUUGAAGUCUUCUGAUGAAUCUAAAAGACCAAAACUUUGUGCACAAGAGACAGAAGAAACAGGUGAGAAUCUGAAUGCUGAGGAUCUCAAACCGGCCAAAGAAAGUGUCAAUGAAGAACAUAAGUCUCUCAUGUCAUUGGUUAAGCUGACAAAGAGUGGCUUGCUUCUUUUUACUUUCCCUGUUGACAACUCUACGGAUACUACAGAUAUAGUGUCGAGAGUCUUCCAGUGUGUGAAAUCUGGAGCUCUGAAGGCGCCAGUCUGGUGCCAUCGGAUAUUCCCUGUACAAGCUACUUGUGCUUUGACAGAGAAAGAACUUCAGGAGACAGUAUCGAAGCUUGUUCAGCGGUUUGUAGAUGAUAAACAAAACACACUAUCAACACCAGUGAAGUUUGCAGCUGGGUAUAAUCGAAGAGGUGUGGAGGAGGCAAAAGGAAAGAUUCAAAAAGCAUCAGAGGUUCUAGACCAAUGUCCUUUGCUGGACCGCACUAAAUGCUUUGAAACCGUGGCGGCCGGAGUGAAAGCCAUUGUACCAGAUUCAGUUGUGGAUCUCAAAUCUCCGGAGUUAUGUGUUAUGGUGGAACUCUUACCGCUUUCUAGAAUACCAAAUGGCUCCUAUGUAGCUGCUGUGUCAGUGCUCCCACAUAAGCUAGUCAGCACAAAGCCUAAACUCGCCAUCAAGCCUCUAGUCCCUGAGAGCAAACAGAAGAAGGGACAAAACUGAUGAGCAGCAUCUGAGUUUCUAGAGCUGAAAAAGAUCAGUUGAAGCUGAAUCUCUCUGUUCUAGUUUAGCUAUGUCUCUCAUGGCAUUAACAAGUUUGAUGAGCAAUGUUGUGUAAUUUCAAGAUCUUUCAAAGGUGUUUGAUACUUAAAAUUAGAAAAGCAUUUCGGUUUAAUUGGAUACUGAUUUUAUAUUCA